CGGUUUGUUCAAAACGAAUUCAAACGAUCUCAAAAAAGCGCGAUAGCCGGUUGCGCCGGGCGUCAAACGAUUUACAGGCUGAUUUUUUUUAAUUAAAAAUACUUAUAUAUUAAUUAGUGUGGUGUAAAGGUGCUUAUAAAUUUACCCUACGAAGAUUUUCGGCGUCCAUUUUAUUAUCAACCAUGGGCGAACUCGGAACAAAGCUUGGCUUGGACGAGCUAGCAGGAGGCGCUGCAGGUAUCAGCAAGGCAUUACUCGCUGAAUUCAUCGGUAAUCUGCUGCUGAACUUAUUCGGGUGCGGUGCGUGCAUAAACAUCAGCCAAGGUCCAAACGCACCUGCGGACAUCGUACUCAUCGCACUUUCAUUUGGUCUCGCUGUGUUCGCAGCUGUAUCGGCGAUAGGCCACAUAUCUGGUGGACAUCUCAACCCAGCGGUGACCGUCGGACUAGCAUCAGCAGGUCGUGUAAAACCAGUGAGGGCGGUACUCUAUGUGAUUGCCCAAUGCGCUGGCGCUGCUGCUGGCUCUGGUCUGCUGAAGGCGUUCACUCCGGAACGUGCAGCUGGGAAGUUGGGUCUCACCUCACUGGGGACUGACGUCACCGCGUUACAAGGAUUCGGCAUUGAGUUCUUCCUUGGAUUUGUUCUCAUCUUCGUUGUUUGUGGGGUAUGCGACCCCAACAAGCCUGACAGUAAGGCGACAGCGCCGCUGACCAUCGGACUGACGGUAACUCUUGGCCACUUGCUCGCCGUCGACUACACCGGCUCAGCCAUGAACCCUGCUAGAUCAUUCGGCUCCGCGCUUGUCGCCAAUGAAUGGGUUGACCACUGGGUGUACUGGGCUGGACCGAUCGCUGGUGGUGUGGCUGCCGCCUUGCUCUACGUUCACGGCUUCUCAGCAUCUCCGGUAGAAACUCCUAAGUACAGGCCGGUAGCUGGCGACGAGAAGGAGUUAAAGCGAUUGGACGGCAGCAAAGCUGAAGACCUCGCCUGAGGGAUUCGCGUAGCGGGAGCGGCCUCCCGCGCCGCACCGCUCGCCGGCGUGUCCGUGCCCCGCGACACACGGCACUACCCGCUCACUACGCAUCGCUUAUGAAAAUCCAAAUGGAACAACCUAGCUAUUAAGAAGUAAGAACAGAACAUCAAAUGCAGCUGGAUUUUGUUCUGUUAAGUAUGAAUUGUAAUAUGUUCGGUGUUAUUUUUUAAUAAAAUUUUUUGCUCAUUAUGGCAGUAUGCAUCAAGAAAUAGCGCUCUAUGAUCACUGCCUAUCACCAAAAACGACUAACAUUUUUUUUUAUUAUCUCAUGUAUGUUAGUUAUACCUAAAAUUGUAUGAGUAUUGCGUUAUAUUUUUUUUUUUUUAUAUUUUGUAUUAAAAAAAAACCCUAAAAGUGUGUUAUGCUACUUAUACUUAUUAAGUAAUUUAAGUGUAAGAAGGUCGUAAACUAUAUCAUAAUAAAAGCUGUUAGUUUUCACAACAUAAUAACAAAUUACAAAAAUAUUACCGACAACUGCAUGAGGUUGAAAUUUUUAAAUAAAGCAAUCACGCACUGCUUAUUUAUUAUGUAUUUUUGUUGCCACAAUUUAAUGCAAAUUUAUUUUUAGAGCAUUGUAGUGCAAGUUUGACUUUGUGAAAAUGAUUCUCAAAUAAGAAAUUGUAUUCAAUUUAUACUAAGUCGGUCUGAGUACUCGGUAUACAGCCCCAAAAUGUGAAAUUUUAUAAAUAUUUACACGAAUAAAAUCACGGACCGAAGUAUUUUCCAUAUAGUUCGCAUUAGCACAAUGUACCUAUUUUAAAUAAUAGCAAUACCACUGUAGUUUAUAUAGGAAACUGUUGUUUUCAUAAUGUAUAUCCACUAAAUAAGUAAAUAGGGUCAUCUUUAUACUGCCACGUACCUACCACCCUGCAUACCACUAACCAAGUUCACCUAAAUUAUAUUUAAUCAUAAGUUUUAUACUAUUCGAGAUUUUUAUUUAAUGAAGUUUAAGAUACAUUAAGAAUUUUUUAAGAAUUUAAAUAUACAUUUUAGAUGAUAAUUACUCAGCUUUACUUAUUAUGUACCUUUAUUGUAGAUUAUAUAAGCAUGUUAAGUGUCUUUAUAAAAACAUACCAACAUUGCACGAAAAAUUUUGGUAACGAAUACGUGUUCAAAAUGUACGAUUAUGAUUCGAAUUAUUCUGUAUCAGAGCUGCAAAACUCGCUAGGUAGCUUUAUGUGGAACUAUCUUUCACAUUAAAUAUAUAGCAUAAGAAAAUUUUCAAUAAACAUAUAAAUAUUUUGUUUA